AUGACAGCAAGACACCAAGAAAGGGAGCUGAAGGUCCCCUCAAAGAGUCAUUCAGUUUGUUCCACGAGGGUUAGGAGAGUGAAUCUUAAUCUUAGUGUGAGGAAGAGGCCAAUUGGUUCUUGGAUCAUUCCACCCCGUACAUGCAUCAACUUGGUAUCAGAGCCGCGUUUCGAGGAGGGACACGAUCAAGAAGAGUCGAGAAGAUCAGGUAAAAGAGGGCAAUAUACACACCUGGUAAGAACAAUUUGGAAAAUCAGGUUGUGCCAUUUUUUUGUUCAAUUUCACGAAUACAGGUACCAUACAGAUGAGAUACAGCAAGCUGUAGGAACCUUACAACAAGAAGAACAAAACAAAGCCAAAGCAGCAAGUGUUAGCAAGCACAAUAAGCAGCAGAACAACAUUGUAGCUGAGAAUCUUCUGAAGUUCAACGGAAUUUUGGAAACCUUCAACGUGGAUGACCACAAUAAGCAUAAGGGUAACGCAGAAUUGAGGACAAUUCUGUUUAAAGAAGGAGGGACUGAUGCAAUUAUAGGUAGCCCACAAUCCAAGUCAAAAGAAGAACAGCAUAAUUGCAUCAUUGUGCUUACUCAACCCAUUGAACCUAUGAAGUGCUUGGAAAAUAAAGAGGAUGAUCAUCAAAAUAGACUAAGCAUAAACAUGGAAUUAAGACAAAGACAAGAAGGAACACAAGGAAGUCUCCUAACAGCCAUCAAGCAAAACAGGAACAUGAACCAGUUCCCAAGUCUACAAACAGCAGAAUCAACAAAACAUCACAUUGCCUGCCAGCCUACCUUUCGAGCAUUAGAACGUCUAGCUUUGUGCAUGCAUGAGCAUGGAGAUCCAAGGAAUGGCAUCUCUAGACAUGUAAGAUUACACCAAGACUCAGAGGCAUCACAACGGACCCUCACAGAAGCCACAAGACCAGCUCCAAGGUCGCUUGUUCGCCUGACGUUUGAUAAUGGCUGAUUCAAAGGGCAAUCAAGCUGCCAGCCAUCAUCCACUGAGCAGCUGACCUUGAGGUCCUUCCACAGAGUCAACCUGAGCAUCCCAAGGUACACUAAGGGCAGUUUUGGAAUCUCUAUACAUGGACCUUUCCAUCAAGCCCUCAAGUGCCUCCCAACGAUGACAGCAAGACACCAAGAAAGGGAGCUGAAGGUCCCCUGUCAGACAGGAACAGGCUGGAAGUUUUAGUUAGCAUUCUGUUUUGUUGUUUUGUUUUUCUUAAUUGUACACGUGUUUUAAUUUUAGGCUUUGAGUUAGUUUUGUUUGUUAGCCUACUAAAACUAGCCGUUAAUAAUCCUCUAUAAAAGGACAUGAUCAUUGUAACAUAAACUUAGUUUAAGUUUUGAUUAAUACAGAUUUUCUUCAAAGUAAUUGUUGUUUCAAUUACAUCUCUGAGUGUGUUCUUUGUGAGUGAAGCAAAGAGUCAUUCAGUUUGUUCCACGAGGGUUAGGAGAGUGAAUCUUAAUCUUAGUGUGAGGAAGAGGCCAAUUGGUUGAGUGAAGACCAAUUUGUUUCUAUCCACGACAUAGAACCAUCCCCACGGAUUGUUCUAGUCACCCUUCUGUUUUCGCACAAAACAGAAGGUUUGUUGUUCUUUGUGUACAUUCAUAGUGUUCUUGGCCAUAUUCUUGAAGGCAUUGAGGAGGUUCUUG